AUGGGGACCAUGCUACCGAAGCCGAUCCUAAGCAAAGUCGUUGAUAGAGCCGGUAGUUAUCAUGUCGGCGCCGCCUGUGUUUCCGUGAAUGGGUACCGCACCAACAUGGAGGACGCGCACGUCAUGCUUGUAGAAACCGACAUGAGUCUCUUCGGUAUAUUCGACGGCCACAACGGUGGCGGCUGCAGCCAGUACAUCGCGGAGCACAUCCCCGCCAAGGUGAGGGCGCUCGCCGGCAACUACAGCGCGGAGGAGCUGGAGAAGAUAUGCAUCAGCCUCGACCAGGAGUUCAUGUCGGGCGCCGCCGACGCAAGCGGCUCCACCGGCACCUUCUGCAUCAUCACGCGCGACUACACCACCACCAUCUGCAACGUAGGCGACUCACGCACGCUAGUGGUCCGCGGUGGUAAGCUCGUCUUCGCCACUGAGGACCANAAGCCGACGAACCCGGACGAGCGCGUCCGCAUCGAAGCGAACGGUGGGUAUGUAGUUAGCAACCGCGUGGACGGUGACCUCGCCGUCUCGCGCUCGUUCGGCGACAGCUCGUUCAAGCGCAAGGACGUCGGCAGCGACUACAAGAACCAGAAGGUGAUCGCCGUGCCGGAUGUGACGACGGUGGCGUGCCAGGCCGGCGACAUCAUAAUCCUCGCCUGCGACGGCGUCUUUGAGGGCUCCUUCGCCAACGACGAGGUCAUCGCCUACGUGCAAGAGCAGCUGCCGCGCUGCAGCGACCUCGCUGUCGUCGCGGCGCGCGUGUGCGACGAGGCGAUCCGUCGUGGCAGCAAGGACAACAUCUCGUGCCUCAUCGCGCGGCUCGGCGACGGCUCGUCGGCGGCACGGGCGUACGGCGCACACUCGUUCCUGCCGGGGCCG